CAGCCCGAGGGAUGCGGAGAGACCAUGGCCAGCGACGGGGCGCGGAGGCAGUUCUGGAAGCGGAGCAGCCACAGGCUCCCGGGCAGUAUCCAGCAUGUGUAUGGAGCCCAGCAUCCUCCUUUUGACCCAUUAGUACAUGGCACGUUGAUUAAGACGGUCCCCAAGACACCAACCACCCCAGUGAAGCCCAAGAGAGUCAGCACUUUCCAGGAAUUUGAGAGCAACACAAGUGAUGCCUGGGAUGUGGGGGAAGACGACGAUGAACUUCUGGCCAUGGCGGCUGAGAGCCUGAACACCGAGGUGGUUAUGGAGACGGCCAACCAGGUUAUUCAGAACCACAGCCGUCGCUGCCAGGAACAACCCAGGCUGCCUGAGGGGCAUGUCUGUGGUGACAGCGAGCAGGCCGAGCAUUUCUGUGACCUCCCCUUGGGGACAGGCAGUGAUGGCAGACUAGUAAAGUCUGUCAGUGAGAGUCACACAUCCCAUCCUGCAGAAAUCCUCGGUGACGCAGCUCCUUUGCAGCGAUCCCAGUCUCUCCCUUAUGCCUCCACAGCCCCUUUAGCUUAUGGAUCGGAUGAAAAGAAUGCCCUUGGCCCACCAGCCUUGACAGAGAGGGAAGCCUAUCGCCUGGAGAAGUUUAGACAACUUCUGGCAGGGCCCAACACAGAUCUUGAGGAAUUAAGAAAAUUGAGUUGGUCUGGAAUUCCCAAGCAAGUCCGUCCAAUAACCUGGAAACUCCUUUCGGGUUACCUGCCUGCCAAUGUGGACCGGAGAGAAGGCACCCUGCGGAGAAAGCAAAAAGAAUAUUUUGCUUUUAUUGAACAAUAUUAUGAUUCUCGGAAUGAUGAAGCUCACCAGGACACCUACAGACAGAUCCACAUUGACAUCCCUCGAAUGAGUCCAGAGACAUUAAUACUGCAGCCCAAAGUGACGGAGAUUUUUGAAAGAAUCUUAUUUAUCUGGGCCAUCCGUCAUCCUGCCAGUGGAUAUGUUCAGGGAAUCAAUGACCUCGUUACACCUUUUUUCGUAGUCUUCAUUUGUGAACACAUAGAGGCUGAAGAAGUCGAAAAUGUGGAUGUUUCCUGUGUGCCUGAAGAGGUCCUGAGGAACAUUGAAGCCGACAGCUACUGGUGCCUGAGCAAACUUCUGGAUGGCAUUCAGGAUAACUACACCUUUGCCCAGCCUGGCAUCCAAAUGAAAGUGCGCAUGUUGGAGGAACUUGUCGGCCGAAUUGAUGAACAAGUGCAUCGGCAUUUAGACCAGCAUGAGGUGAAAUACCUGCAAUUUGCCUUCCGAUGGAUGAACAAUUUGCUGAUGAGAGAAAUGCCCCUGCGGUGUACCGUUCGGCUUUGGGACACCUACCAGUCUGAACCUGAAGGUUUCUCUCACUUCCACUUGUACGUCUGUGCGGCUUUCCUCGUGAGAUGGAGAAAAGAGAUACUCGAAGAAAAAGAUUUCCAGGAGCUGCUCAUCUUUCUCCAGAACCUGCCCACUGCCCACUGGGGAAACGAGGAAGUCAGCGUCCUCCUGGCGGAGGCCUACCGCCUCAAGUUCGCCUUUGCUGAUGCCCCGAAUCACUAUAAGAAAUGAGCCCUGGAGGGCCGGAGCUAUGAUGCCACCGCCGCCACUCCCACGGGCUGGUUCUGGAGUAACAUACUUUUCAUUCUGGUUUGCACAUUUCCCGACUUCCUUACUAAUUGUGGCAUACUUUUGUAAAGUGCGCAUUAGGGCCGUCCGUGUCUACGCUGGCCCAGGAUAGUCGCUAACUUGGAAAAUUGCCCAGCGACGGGCCAGGAGAAAAAUGACCCACUGAGGGAGGCUGCCUUCCUGCCCACACUAGAAAGCACAGGACCCUGGCCUGUGUAGACACAGUUUAGAGAGUCUCGCUUCUUGCAACAGAGAUGAGAGGGAUACUUGAGAUACCAAAGAGAGACAGAGAUGGACGCACCCUAUCAUGGGAACUUCCCCACAGAGGGUCUCCCCCUCCCCACGCCCCUCAUCUGAGGCAGUGCUGGGGACAAGGUUUCUGGGGCUCUCCUGGAUCAGGGGCUCCCUGUCCCAUCUUCCUGCCUGCCCUGCCCCCACACUUGUAAUGUCUUGUUGCCAAAUGUCAUCACCCCAACUUUCCCCGGGGCCUGGAGAGCACCCACGGGGUGGGGAUGGGGUGGGGUGGGGCACCAUUUUGAGGGAAGUCAAGGCAGCCGUGAGAGAUUGUUGCUUAGAAUGGCCUUGGGAGCACUUGCUUUGUUGGCUCUGUAUUAGAUGUAUUUUCAAACUGGAAAAUUCUAUUCUACUAAAAGUAAAUGAAAAUUAAAAAAAUCAAUAAUCAAA